UCAAACUUCUGCGACCGACUGGAAGUCAGGAACCAACUUCGCUAACUGGCAGGUUUUGAGCCUUGCGCUGGCAAUGGGGGACAUGAAGACCCCAGACUUUGACGACUUGCUGGCAGCUUUUGACAUUCCCGACAUCGAUGCCAAAGAGGCGAUUCAGUCCAGCCCGGAUGAGGAGAGCCGGGACGAGGUGAGGACGAAUGCAGGCGAGGGACGAAGUGGAUCUCCUUCGUGCUUCUCUGGACCCCCUGCUUCUCAGAGCGACCCUCCUGCUGUCAGCGUUAUUGUGAAGAACACGGUGCGUUCAGAGUCUUUUGAAGAGGAAGACAAGUCUGUCAGGGGUAAAACGGACAAUUCUUCUAGAAGCGACUCAGCCUCUCACGACUUCAGCUCACAGCUGAGUCCCAAACUGUCCACUGAAGCUUCCGCAGAGCCUCAGAUUUCAAACGGUUUUGAGGAGUCAAAAUCCAACAUCAAGCCCUGGUCCCAGUCUUCAUCUCUGAAGUCCUCACUGAGUGAGACCGAGGGCGAUAAAGGAGCCGAACCUGGAUCAGUUCAGCACACAGCAGAUGUGAUAAACAGCUUAAAGCCCCUCCUUUACCCCCAGCCUUCCAUCACUGCUCCCCCCACCUCCUCGCCUCCUCCCUUGCUCAGCCCUCACCUGUCCCCUCCUUCCAACUCACUACCCCCCCUUUUACCACAAAAUGGCAGCACGAAACCUGGAAUCAAGCACAUAAUGCAGACGGAUGAUGACGACUCUGAACCCGACUUGGGAAGUCCGCUAGUCAUCCAGGAGAGUCCAGAGCCUGCAAGGUCCUCUCCGCCUAAGUUUAAACGCAGAGCUAAAUUACCUCCGGAUCUUCUUGGGUCUCCUGAAACUAGUCCUGCUCAGACACCCACUAAACCCCAACACGAGGAGGACGGGAUCAAGCCUGGCUCUCCUCCUUCUCCUCCUCAGCUUCAGAGCAUCCAGGACAGCCUCCCCACCCUGAGCUCCACAUCGAUCCACGAGGAGAAAUAUCCCGAGCAUGUGAUCGAUGAAAGAGACUCGCCCGAGAGCCCGCCGCCCAGCGAGACGGGCCUGGUCAUCCCCAACAGAAGCAGCAGCCCAGCUCCGGAUGUGAACCACAAUGAUCUCCAUAACCAGGAGGAGCCAGCAGACACAGAGGAGCUGAAGGAAAAGGUGGCGGCAGAUGGGGAGAAGUUAAGCAAGGAUGCUGCAUCUGCUAGUGUUUCAGAAUCAGUUUCACCUCCACUGCGACCCCUCAAAGUCAAAAUCAAAAUGCCUACAGGCAGCAUGGCGAAGACUGUGACCGGCGCAGCGCCUAAAAGAACCAGAAGAGCUGCUAGAAAGAGCGCGUUAAGUUCAAAACCUGCAUCAGAACGUCACAACACCAGAUCCAAACUGGUACAGUCGUCUGCAGCGAAGAUGCUCCAGGAUGCUGCGUCGAAAACCAACAAACCAAAAGUUUCCGCCACCGCAGUGAGCAUCACGAAAACCGCAGCGCUGCCCUCCGUCUCGUCUUCCAGGUUGACUCCGGGCGCGAUCAACCUCCGCAGCCUCGGCCAGAAAACCAUCCACGGCGGGAUGGCGCUGCCGACACCUUUGCCUCUGCUGCCUCCUCAGGCCAGCAGCCGGCCGGCCUCCAUAGUGAACAGCACCGGGGCGAUCAUAUCCAAGAGCCAGACCAACCUGGUAGAAGCCUUCAACAAGAUCCUCAACAACAAGAACCUGCUGCCCUGCUACAAACCAGAUCUGAGUGCUCCUCUGCCAGCGGAGUGGGGCCUCUCGCUUCCUGUACAGGGUUUCCGCUGUCUGGAGUGUGGCGAUGCCUUCGCCCUGGAGCAGAGUCUGGCGCAGCACUACGACCGGCGCUCGCUGAGGAUCGAGGUGACCUGCAACCACUGCGCCAAACGUCUGGCCUUCUUCAACAAGUGCAGCCUGCUGUUGCACGCCAGAGAGCACAAGGAGAAAGGCCUGAUCAUGCAGUGUUCACACCUGGUCAUGAAACCGGUACCUGUGGAGCAGAUGGUGGGCCAGCAGGAGCAUGUGGCAUCCGGUAAGGCCACGCCAAAGCCAACACUACAAAACAAGAAAGCAGAAGCAGCUCACGGCGCGAGUCAUAAAUGUCCUGAGUGUCUGACUCCGUUCGGCAGCAAGGAAGAGGUGGCCGAGCAUUUCCAGGAAAUCAAACCGGCACACAGCACUCCGUGCACGGACUGUUCUCCUCCCAUGCUGCUGCCCAACGGCUGCAGUUCAGCGGCUCACCGGCGAAUCCACCAGAGCAGCCCACCGCACGUCUGCCCGGAAUGCGGAGAGACGGCCAAGCAGACGCUGCUUCGAACACAUCUGGAAGAGACCUGCUUGCACUUUUCCCGCCGCAUUGGUUACAGAUGUUCCAGCUGCCUGGUGGUGUUUGGAGGCCUGAACUCGGUCAAGUCUCACAUGCAGCAGGCUCACUGUGACAUGUUCCACAAGUGCCCCAGCUGUCCGAUGGCCUUCAAAUCUGCACCCAGCAUCCAGAGCCACAUCUCUGCCCAGCACCCGACGCUAGCUCAAGGACAGCCAAUGCUGAUCUAUAAAUGUGUCACGUGCGACACCGUUUUCACGCAGAAGCCUCUGCUGCACACCCACUUCGACACGCAUUUGACCAAUCAGAAGGUGCAUGUGUUUAAAUGUCCGGAGUGCACAAAGCUGUUUUCUCAGAGGAAUUCCCUCCUGGACCAUUUCAAGACCCACAAGGCCUCCUCAGUGAAAGAGCCGCCGCCUUCGUCUCCGCCCGCCUCCUCCAGCUCGCGGCCUUCGGAGAGCUCGGACGGAGAAGAACUGACGCACGAAGAUGAGAAAGUGAAGACGGAGAAGAUAAAGCGUCCGUCGUCGUGGAACUGUCUGUCGUGCCACACGCGUUACACGGACCAGGAGGACUACAUCGCUCACAUGAGGGAACAGCACGGCAAGAAGCUGAAGAAGUUUCCCUGUAAUAAAUGUGAGAACUCCUUCACCACCCCCUCCAACCUGACACGUCACAUCAGAGAUAAGCACAAAGCCGCCAGUCAAGGCCUCCAGUGCCAGUUUUGCACUGACGGGGAGAAAACCUUCAGCAGCAGAGUGAUGUUGGAAAGACACGUCCUGCUGAUGCACAUCAUGAACCCGGACACGUCGAUGGAAGGUGGAGACGAGGCCGACAGCUCAUCGGAACCAGACGGCGGUUCGGUGGCUCGCCGGAGACGGAGAGGAGCCGUGAAAACCGAGCUGGACGAAGAGUCCGCAGACGGCACGAGUACGGUGAAGAAGCCGCGGCUCGAGACCGCGCCUGAGUCUGGGCUUCGCUGUGCGCCCUGCGGCUUCACCACCGAGGACCAGGCCACGUUCCUGGAGCACAUCAGCCAGCACAGGCGAGCAGGCUCGGAGGGCGGCGGCCUGCAGUGCCUGCAGUGCGGCGCCUGUUUCACAUCCACCUCUUCCCUGUCGCGCCAUCGCUUCAUCACCCACAAAGUGAAAGAUGCCUUCACCGACGGCCAGCAAGCCCCCGGCCUGCACCCGGCGCCCUCCCCGGCCAAGAGCAGGAGCCACGAGGACAGGAGCUCCCUGAACGGGUCGGCACCGGCGUCGCCCUCCGGCCAGCCUGAAGACGAGGGAGCGCUGGCCUGUAAGGUGUGUGGUAAACACUUUGAAAAGGCCGCAGAUCUGAACACACACUUCAGAACUCACGGGAUGGCUUUUAUCAACGCACGCAACGCAGGAAAAACUAUCUAAGGUGGCGAAAAAAAGGGAAAAUCAGUGUCUGGAGGUGAUCAAAGUGCCUUUUUAUUACUAAACUCUCACUAACGUGGGAGUUUGUCACCUCUGCACUGAUUUAACCAAAGAGUUUGUCUUUUGAAUACACUGUAAAACAGUCAAAUGUGAUUUUAGGGCUGCAACUAGCCGUUAUUUUCAAUUCGUCUGUUGUUUAUUUUCUCGGUUAUUCAAUUACUUGUUGAAAAUGUGAGAACAUUUGUCAAAUAACAUCUUUUAAAUGUCUUUGUUCAGCUUCCUUUCAUUGAGGAAGAACGCAACGAGGAAAUAUUCACAUUUAAGAAGCUGCAAUCAGAGAAUUUAGACAUUUUAUUCUUUUAAAAACUAAUCGAUUAAUCCUUGAAAUUCUAAGAUGCUUCUCACUGUUUUGGACGAGCCUUAACCUUCUUACACUCAGGAUCUAAAGUUGCGUUAGCGCUCAGUAACGAUGAGAUCGGAGCUACUUCCUUGACUUCCACGUGCCUGCAGAGUACCGUAAACGUUGCAAUAAUCCAAUCCUGCUGCGAUCGAGACUUCCGUUUGGAUGAAUGUUGAUGAACAGCUAUGGAAUGUGUCUGUUUUGAUUUCAAUGUUUUCACUCUGCUGAGGAGAUUCUCAAACGGUAAUCUGGUUGUUUUAGUGAAAAAGUCCCUGUUUUUCAAGUUUUGUCUGGUUAUAUGUUGACUCGGGUACUUUUAAGUAAGUUUUAACUUAUUGCCUGCCAUUUUCCAAAGCAUUCAGCAGGCUGCAGAACAAAUGACGCAACUGUCCGUUGGGUAAGUUCAGCAGCUGCUCUUACCACUUCUUUGCACCUUAAGCUUCUUGUUCUUGUUUAUCCGUUGCAGUCUGCCUUGUGAAAUGAGCUGUUUUCACAUUUAAAAGUCUGGAGUUUAAAAUGACUAAUAUCAAUGUGACUACAAGUUCAUUUACUUUCAUCUAAAGCAACCUACACCUGAGAGUAGAUGCACAUUGUAGAGCCAUGCAAGGUGCCUGCCUGAGAUUGGGAGGAACUUCAGGUUUGGCGUCUUGCCCUUCGACUGUGGAGGGAUCGAACCUGCAACCUUGUGAUUACAGGACAACCCACUCUAGUUGCUCUGUGGCUGUUUGGCGCCGCUCACGAGGAUUCCUGUCGGAUCAGCAACAACUCAGAGCUUCAUUUAAGGUCAAAAUUCACACCACUUUUCAGAUUGUUUGUGUGUCUAGACACCCUGAUGGACCUGUGAUGAAGUCUGGAUCCAGACUUUUUCUGGGAUCUCGAUCAGGCCCGACUCUGAAACCAAAACGAGCCAUUUGAACGCAAUAGUUUUCAACUGCAUUUGCCUUCUCUGGCUUCACCUCCAAUCUGGCACGGGCUGACUGCUCUGGAACUUGAGUCAGUAUAGAGUUCCUCAUCUCUGUCUCUCUUUGUUUGGCCUCCUCUCCUUGCUGACUAUUAGAUUCCCCGUGUUUUGCCUGCAGCUGUGCCAUCCUUUGCCGCCUCUAGUUUGUCGUCUGCCAUUGUUUAUUACAGUAGUAGAGACCUAGAAGAAGAAACGGCAUGAGAUAGUAAAAAUGCACUCCUGCAAGUGACCAGGCCCUGGACCAACCACCAUCUUGGGGUAACUUUAGCUAGAUGGUUUUCCAUCUGGUUCCAGUAAAAUAACACGUCUGGAAAGCAAACCUUCUCUGCCUCCUGCUUGCUGCAGCUUCGAGCGAAUAUAAUUUCAUUAAUUAAGAUAUCUAGAAUUCCGUUCUGACUGGUUCCUGUUUAAUAUCCCUACGUCAGUCUGACUCGUUUAAACUUAAUCGAAGGUACCUGGAAACGUCAUUUUGGUAUGAGACCAGAUGUAGUUGAACAUUCUGGUAUUUUUGGCCUUUGACGUUGUUUUGAAACAUGCUAAGCCUCCUUCUGACGUACUACGUAGUGGGUAAUAUGUAUUUAAGGUUGACACCGCAGCAGUUGGCUUCUGUACAUGAAAAUGAAUCUACUUGCCCAAGAUGGGUUAAAUUUCUUGUCACGUUCACCCUGACGUUGAUUCACCACUGGGAGACGGACACAAUGAGGCAGUUUUGUUCCUAAAUUCCUAUAUUUUUGUCAGAUUCCUGUUCAGUUGCCUCACUCGGACGUCUGCUCCACUAAGAAAUAUAAUUUUGCAUAAAUCCCAUCACGUCACGCGUCUUCACUGCCAGGUGUUUGAUGGUGGUGUGUCUGUCCAUCCUUGUAAAUGUUGUUGUCAUUGAUAACCAGUCUCAGGAAUAUUCAAGCAUCUGCAGAUUGAUUUUUUUUAAUUGACAUGAAUGCGGACCAGCGGCUCUCUGAAAUCACUUCCAUACAAACUGCUUUGGAAAAUGGUGCGCAAUAAUGUAACGUUUUAGACACUCUAUAUGGGGUGAAACUUUCAGAAAUUAGUGAAAUUUUAAAUAUGAAGUACUGUAUUUACAGAUUUAUUCCAUCUCAGCGAGCAAGAGAUUUACAAAAAGUAUGAAUUUUGUUUUUUGUUUUUUUUGUGUUUCGCUUUAGGAGAUGACUGUAAACAAAAGAUCAGCGUGUAUUUAUUAUGUCUGUUCCUUAUGUUUUCCUGAGAACGCAAGAGUUGCUAAACAGUGAGCUUCUUUGGCGUUUGACACUGCCCACAAACUUAAAACCAUUGUUCUACAGAGCUGAGUACAGUUAUAUGUUCACAUGUUUCCGUAUGUGGACAGGGAUCAGGUUAUAUUGUUAUUAUUAUUAUUAUUAUUAUUAUUAUUAUAUCCCUGUGCAAUGCCAUUUAAAUGUGAAAGAUUUUAAGUUGUGUCACUUCUCAAUUACCUGCAAACUGAACAGAAGAGUUUUUCCUUAUGUAAACAAUCAAAAACAAAUACUUUAGACAGACAAUGUUCAAAAUUAACUGCACUAACAUGGUUAUAAAAGAAGUUGUGAACAGCAGAACUUCCUCAGUUUUGGACCGAUGGACUGGGUCUAUCUAUACGUCUACAUCAUGGCUCCACGUGGAAAAGAAUCUAACGGAAAAAUCUGAUUGCAAAACUUAACAAAGACGGAAAAGGAUGCAGGAAGAUCAACUGAAAAUCAGUGAAGCACUGUCGCGGAGUCAUAGUAACACUGAUCAGGGCUGCAGUGGUCGUCCUCCUACAAUGACUCCACAGACAGUCAACUACUUUCACAAUCCAGCUGUGAAAAACAGACAAAGGCAGCUGCUUGAGACUUGGCACAGGGGUUAUCAGUGGAAACCAGAGUUUCUCAGAGAACACUUCAGAACAUCUGUGAAUGGAGGCCAAAAAAAAACAUUUCUUCCUCAUCAGCACUAAACAGAAGCCUGGUGAAUGUUGGAGAACAUUCUUUGGUCAGAUAAGACCUAAAUAAAUGUGUUGGGCUCAGAUGGAGUCCAGAU